CUCUUCCCGUAGCCCCCUCCUCCGCCCCGCCCGCCGGGCCUCUGCCCCCUCCCUAACCCGUAGGCGGGGCGGGCUCCAGGCAGCACCUCCCGCAGCGGGGCUGAACCGUGGGGGUUUUUUUGUUGUUGUUGUAGUUUUUUGGUUUGGUUGGUUUUUUUUUUAUCCUCCCCGUCGGUUCUCGGUGCAGGAUGAGCGGGCCGGGUCUGUUGGGUCCCGGUGGCGGUGCGGGGUUACCGCCGCUUCCUAAGAGCCUCAGCGGCUUGCUCAACUCCUCCUCCUCCGGCGGCGGAGGGCAGGGCGGGCGCUGGCGGGACCUGGAGCGGUUGUACGCCCAGAAAUCCCGCAUCCAGGACGAGCUGAGCGGAGGAGGAAGGGGUUCCCCGCGUCCCCCAAAACCUCCCAACCUGGACGCGGCGCUGGCUCUGCUUCGCAAGGAGAUGGUUGGCCUUCGUCAGCUGGAUAUGUCAUUACUGUGUCAGCUCUACUCCCUCUAUGAGUCCAUCCAAGAAUACAAAGGUGCCUGCCAAGCUGACUCUAAUGCAGACUGCACUUAUGCUCUGGAAAAUGGGUUUUUUGAUGAAGAGGAGGAGUAUUUCUAGAUGAAGGAAGAUUCUGGUGUCUUUCUCUCCCUGUAACACACCUCAGCAAGAACAACUGGAAUCUCUAUGGAUCCCUCUUCCCCAGGAGGAACAACACCCAGCUACCCCAAGUUGUGUUAAAUUCACUUGUUUUAGCAGGCUGUCAGUACAAGUUUCUCAUGCAAAUACCACUUGAGGAGAGUGCUGUUCUCUCACUUUCCAAAAGUCCUCAGACAUGCUUGACAAGAGCUUUUCAAUUUAAUUUGCAAGGUGGGUGUUUUCAACUUACAGAACGUUGGUAGCUUAUAACUGGAAUUUUAAUUGUGGAAGAUGGCAGCACCUUCCUGAGUUGUAAUAAAGGGGGAGGGAAACCUCUGCUGUGAUGUAAAUAGCUAUAGGUGGUUUGUUUCUUUUGGUCAACUGUAUUGAUAAACACCUUUGGAACAGGCAUCUGGAUGCACACACAUCCUCAGCUCUACUAAGCUAGUUCUGCUCUUACCAGCUGUACCCAGUUUUGUACUGGGUGGAUUGUUUACACAGUUUAAUUUAAUUAUUUUUUUUCUCCUUAAGCAAAUUUUGACAUUUCCUCAUUCCUGGCUGACAAGCUGUACAUGUGAUAAUGAAUGUUAUCAGCAAUUUUAUUUUAUUUUAUUUUAUUUUUCUGCUGAUCUGAUUCACCUUCUUGGUACUGCCACUUGGCAUUAACUUUUAUACUCAUCUGGAUUGCUCCCAUCAGCAUAGCUCUUUGACCUGCUAAACUCUGCCCUGAAAUGGUUUGCUUAGCUUUUACUGCACUGCAUGGUAAAAGCACAGAUCCAAACAUUGUCUGUCUGCCACUGUGUGGCUUGGAAUAACCUGAACUCUUGUGCAAUUGUUCUCAAUCAUAUGAAGACUAAAGAAACCUCUCAUAUGACACAAUGGGACAAACUGCAAUAUUUUAUACUGGGUGAACUUUGUUUUUCUGUAAGGUAGACUACAGCUCUUUUUAACAAUGCAAAAGAAGUAUUUUGAGCACGUACUUUGCGGAUGGUAAAACUUUUUUAUACUAACUUGUUCUUUGAAAUAUAACUUAUUUUCGUUUGCAGAAUUUGCUACAGCACUUGGUUUAGUUUUUAUUAUUUCAUACUGCAUACAUGUGAUGCUUAAUCAGCUUGGAAAUCAAGUUGCCAACUAUCUCGAGUCUUCACCCUUCUCUGUUUUCAGUAAAAUCAGCUCCCAAAUGCAAUUUUAAUUUCUUAACUUUAAUCCUAAAGAUUACUGUAAAGCACAGUGCCUGAGUCUUGACACAAGCUAAUAAUUUAAGGGCUUAAAUCUCAAAGGGUUUUUGCAUGGUUCCUGGCUGGCAUGCAUGAAAUUUUACAAAGUUUACAGAAAGAAUUGGAGAUCACAUUCUGGGGUAGCUCCUCUCAGAGUUUUUAGCAAAGCCUAAAGGCACAUUGCAGUGAUAAAAGCCAAAAAAGCAGUUUUUGUGCAUUCCCUCUAGAAUCAGCUUAUUCCAGUGGAAUUCAAAGGCCACAAGAGUGAAAACUGUGCUGUACUUGUGUAUGUGUAGAAGUUCUGAACCUAGUCUGUGGCAAUGGUUGGAAUUUUUUCAAUGUUAAUUCUUGCCUAAAACUAAAAUGAAUGAUAAGGCAAACCCACAAAUAACCCAAAUGGCUAUAUUUAAAAAGCUCUGUGUGUGUGUGUGUAUAUAUAUAUGAGUAUAUAUACACACAGAUGUACAUAGAACUUUAUGCUUUGACUUAAGAAUGUAUCAGCUUUGAAUAUAAUUUGCUGUGCUUUUCAUCUUUAGAUGAGGCUUUUUCUAGUCUGUCAAAGUACUGCUGUUUUCUUGCUCUCACCCCAAAAAUAAAAAGCAUGAUGUUUAGCAUAA